AUGUCUAUCUCCUUCAACGCCCCCGCGGUUACCUCGGACGCCGUCCGCGGCGCCCAGGCGGCCUCCAUCUUCCUCAGUGCCGCCGCCGCUGGUGGCUCCCUGGGCCUUUCGACGUUCCUCGUCCCUCGCCUGCUUGAGUCGCCCACCGCCGUCAUGCUGCGCCAGUGGGGCCGCGCCUUCCAUGCUGGCAAGAUCGUCUUCCCCGGUGCCGCUGCCACGGCCGCUGCCGCGUUUGGUUUUGUCUACUACAGGACGGCCAACGCCGCGACGCCCUCGUCCAUCGAAGUCUCCGCCAGCACCCUGCCGCUCGUCGCCGCCGGCCUGUGCCUCUCCAUUGUCCCCUACACGCUGUUGAUCCUGCGCCCCACCAACAAGGAGCUCGUCGCCAAGGCCGCGCAGGCCGAGGAGGACGCACAGCUGUCCAAGGCCGACCGUGCGGCCGGUGCCGGCACUGUCUACACGGCGCAAGAGGAGGCGUCGGCGAAGCAGCUGGUGGACCGGUGGGGCACGCUGAGCCUGGGCCGGCCGUUGCUGCUGGCGGCGGCUGCCAUUGUUGGUCUGGUUGCGUACCUGUAA